AGUCGAUGAGCGCCCUAGGUUGAUCUCAGGUCUCUGAGGUCAGGCAGAGAAAAUAUAUGUCACGCGGUGUAAUAAUGUCCAUAGUAUCCGUACUAUAUUAAGAUCAACAUCAAGGGUCAGGGUGAUGUCAAUAUCUAAAGCGUUACUAAGUAUAGCAGGAAUAACUGCUGGAGCUGCUAUCCUUAUAAACCUACCCACUCAAUUCUUCAUGGCAACCGAGAAAGCUACUCUUCAGUAUUUACAGACUUGCAAACUACAGACAAUAGAUCAGACAAAAAACAAUUUUUCAGCUACAGAUCUAUGGAAAGAUAAUGGUGUGGUACUAAUGGCAGUCAGAAGACCAGGAUGAUCUUUGUGCAGAGAGGAAGCUAUUGGGCUGUCCUCUCUGUUACCUGAACUUGAAGCCCAUCGAGUCCAGCUACAUGCUGUAGUUCAUGAGACUCUGGGAGUUGACGAGUUCAAACCAUUUUUCAAAGGAAAUGUUUAUAUAGAUGUGGAGAAAAAGUUUUAUGGACCAAAGGAGAGGUGGACAUCAUUGUUUAGUCUUCUUAGAUUCGGUGUCAUGAAAAAUAUCUAUCGUGUAAAAAAGAAAAGUAUUCCUGGUGAUCUAAGAGGUGAAGGAAGACUUUUAGGAGGUGUAUUUGUGAUUGGACCAGGGGAGCAAGGUGUUUUAUUCCAAUAUCAUGAGAAAGAAUUUGGCGAUCAUGCUGACCUGAAAGAUAUCAUGGCUGCUGUUGAAAACAUCAAAUCUACAUAAUAUAUAUAUUACAUUUGUUUUCACCAAUAUUGCCUUUUGAUCAAACUAAUGCAUUGUAAGCACUUUCAUGUUUACAAUUCUUGCAAGAUUUUUAUGAAACUUAUAGCAUAGGUUUAAAUCAGCAAUGUUUCUGACAAGUUGGAAAAUCAGUGCUGAUGUCAAUUAUUUUUUAAAGAGUUAUGCCCCUUGGAAAUAUUAAUAAUAUGGAAAAUUGCAUUUUAAGUGCUCUCAAGUGUACAAUUCUUGCCAGAUAUACAUUAAAUUUAUAUUAAAGGUUUAUAUCAGCAAUGUCUGUGACAAUUUUGAAAAUCACUGUUCAUCAACAAUGUUUAAAAGAAUUAUGUUCUUUUGGAAAUAUUAAUUGUUUGGAAAAUUGCUUUCAAACCAUUUCUAUAAGAUAUUUAUAAAAAAAGAAAUAGAGAACUAAAACAAAAUUUUUUAUUUUUCUGGGACAAAUAAAAUAUGUGCAACGUGGGGGACAAUGGAACUCUGUUCUUUUAUAAUAUAUAUAUAUAGAUUCUAUGUUUUUCUUUUACAUGUUAAGGGCAUACAAUGCAAUGAUUUUUCCUUUAAAUUUUGAUUCUAUAGUCAAUGUUGAUAUGCGCUCUUAAAAUAUGCAAAGACAAAUAUAUGUUCAUUACUUACUUUUUUGAGAUAUUUCAAUUUCAAUUUUGCAUGUUUGAGCCACUUUGAGGUAAAAACACAAUUUUUAUGUUUCAGUAAUUUUGAACAAAACAAAACUUUCAAACAGAAAAAGGAGAAAUUUUCAUCCUUUUUCUUAGCAAAGUGCAUAAGCAAAAGCUUAGCUUACAGGUUUUUUAGUAAGUUACCAAAAUGAUGGUUAAAUGUGAUAAAAUUUAACUGAAAUCAUGCAAUAAUUGGUAAGAUAACUAAUUCAUUAUCUGCUACUGCUACUGCUGUUGUAUGCUCUUAAUGGAUUUUUAAUGUUCAGUGUCUAUACAAACAUCAGCAUAAUAAUGAAUAAUAAGUCUUUGUUUAGUAGUAGGGUAAGUUGUUUUUCUCUUUUUAUUCAAAAAAUUAAUCAAAAUAGAAACUUUUGACAAUCUUUUCACAUUUACUUUUUGGAAUCAAAUUCUAGUCUCAUAACAAAAACAGAUUUUCAUAAAGGUGCUAAUCAAAAUAUUUCUAUUGAAAGCCAGAAAUAAAUGAUUAGAUACGGUCAUUCACAUGAUUGUUUGACCACAAUAUUAUGGUUAGAUUCAAUGUUUAUGUAUUUUUAUAUUGUAUAUUAAUGGGAACAAAGUAUUAGAAUGUAUAUUUACAAUAUUUAAAAAGUUGUAUUUUAUGAAAAUUUUAUAUUAUGUUAUUUUCAUUGCAUGACUAAUAAAAACAGGCAGAUAUUGUAGAUAAUAUAUGGUUAGUGAGAAUAUAUAUUUUUUUAAUUUUUAAUGCAUUAGCACAUAAAAGUGCCUUUAAAAUUUAAAACUAAUGUAAAAAUUCUUGGUGAACUAUUAAUAUCACAUGACUGCUGGCAAUGUCAAAACUAGAACAACGUUGAUAAGAUACAGUCUGGGGUUAAACAAAUUAUUUUUCGAUUUUUCUGUAUUUUACUGAUAAAUGGAUUUUGUUUUUUUGCUGUCAAAAUUACACUUUUAAGCUGACAGCAGAACCCUGAUUGUUUUUUUUUUGUUUUUGGUGUCACAGAUAAAAUUGGUAUUAAGUUUAUCUUAAAUGUUGUGAUGAUUUUUAUUUGCCAUGUUGAAAGGAUUUUAUACCAUGUCAAUGAUAUCUGAAGUAUAAAUUUUCUUACUACUUUAGAUGGAUCUUCUUAUGGUUAUAUAUUAUCCUGUCAAUGUUGCAUCCUGUUUGGUAUUUUUAUAGUGCCACAAAAUCAUUGAUCAUGUAGAUAUGAUAAAAACUAGAUUUUCAUGUGAGCAUAAUUCAAGAGGUAGUUAGAUAAGAUUAUGUGCCAGUAUGUAACCAGUCAUCCUCUGGGAGUUGUUUUGAUUCAGAAAUCAUUGCAAAUUGUUGUGUUUGAGGGCUUUUUAGAUAGCCUUAUCAGCAUUUUUGACAAGUUAGAUAUUGAAAUAUAGUUGUUUUUUUAUUAAAGUAUAUUGUUUUGUUUGUUUUAUAAUGUUUAAAUAAAGUACCAAUUUUAACUACA